AUGCAGCAGUUCAGUUCGCGGGAGAAGUAUUUGGUGUCCAACACUUUGAACUGCUGGCCAGUGAUGCUGCAGGGUCAGCCGGUGCUCAUAGAUCUGCACAACGAGACCUCCGUGGCCGGGAUAAUCGAUGUAGCCGACGGGCACAUGACCUGCGAACUCACCCAUGUAGUUUUCUUCGAUCGCAAUGGGGGCCAGCAUCCUUUUGAUAACUUCAUGGUGCGCAACCGAAUGAUCCGGCAGAUACACAUACCCACCCACUUGGAUGCAGAGCAGGAGCUCCGUCAGGCCAUGGAGAGGGGUGUCCUGCGAAGAAAGCGCGUGGAAACCAAGAAGGGAAAGCGCACUUUCAAGCAAAAACGAGCGGAAAUGCGACACAAGGAAACCCUGCAAUUGAUUUCCCAGCAAAAGGAAAGGACCCAUCAAGAAACCUAGUAAUCAUAUCCAAGAAGAAUAAUAUAUAUAUUUGAAGAAAUACAAACCAG